UCUUUUUCUCCAUUAUUACACAGAAAGGUUCAGAAAAAUCUCAAAGUCUCUCCUGAAAAAUAAAAAAUAAAAAAAAAUAUUUUUAUAUUUUCUUUUUCUCUGGCGCCUUUGGCACGAACUCACUGUUGGUUCAAACUCUCCCUCUUCUCCUCCUCCUUCUUCUUGUUCAUCUUCUUCUACUGAGAAACAGAGUCUUUGUUAUCUCUGUCUCAGUCUCUGUUGGCUUUUUGGGCUGUUUGCAGAGCUUUUUGUCAGUUUUCCAUGGAACAGAAAAAUGGUUCGGUAUCUGGGUCUCCGGUCAACACCGAAACCGAGCACUUGCGGAGUGAAAACCCAGAAAAGGGUAUCAACCAGGAACAGAGUCACGCUGUUGGUGGAGAAGGAGUAGGUGGUGAUGGAGUCUCAACGGGUACGGACAUGGCGACGAGGAGGAAAAGGGGUAGACCCAGGAAAUAUGACGUUGAGGCUGAUAUGGUGAGACACGUGUCUCCACCGCCUCCUGUGUUUUCUUCUUCUUCUGCGUUCUCUGAGUGUUCUUUCAAAAGAGGGAGAGGAAGGCCACGUGGUUCUGGUAAAUUGCAGCUUUUGGCUUCCCUCGGUGGCUUUGCUGCUGACACUGCUGGAGGAAGCUUUGUUCCUCAUGUAGUUAAUGUACAAACUGGGGAAGAUAUUUUUAGGAAGAUAACAUCAUUUUCUCAAAAAGGUCCUCGAGCAAUCUGUAUUCUUUCUGCUACUGGUGUGGUUUCUAGCGUUAUUAUUCGUCAACCUGGUUCUUCUGGCGGCUUUUUGAGACAUGAGGGUCGCUUUGAGAUUCUCUCACUAUCAGGAUCAUUUGUAUUUGGUGAAAUGAGUGGUACUAAUAAAAAAAAUGGUAUGCUAAGUAUUUCAUUAGCUAAGCCUGAUGGAAGGGUCUUUGGUGGAGGUGUAGCAGGCUCGCUGAUAGCUGCUGGACCCACUCAACUCAUUAUUGGCAGUUUUAAGCAAGACAUCAGUAAGGAACUGAAGAGGCGAUGUCCAACUGAAUCUUCUAGCGCUGCUAGUUUGCUUAAUAAUUCAGAGUUGGUAAGAGUUCCCAUACAAGUUGCACGAACGAUAAAUGGGGAUGAGAAUUGUGUUACACCCAGAUCUGCACUCUUGGAACCUUCCCAUGGAGGAGCAAUCAAUGUCAUUUCUGGAAACCAGAGAAUGAACAAUGCAUCGCUGCACAAUGUCGGUUUGAAUGCCUUGCAAGCCUCAGAAGCAAUGCCAGACCAAAAAAGAUCACCGGAUAUUAACAAUAGCCUUCCUCAGUUUUGAAGAAGAUUACUUUAUGGAGGCUGACUAGAGAAAGUGAAACUGCAAUCUUUUUGAUUUUGCAUGGUAGCAGUGCAAGAUUUCUAGCAAUGACUAAUUUUGAUUCAUAUAUAACAUGUGAGGUUAUAUUGUAGUUUC